AUGUUGCCGAACACACUCCUCCCCUCCAUUCUCCUCCUUCUUCUGCUCAUUCAGAUCAGCGCUCAAUGCGGUCCAGGAUCCAUAUACGACGAAGAGAGGAACAAGUGAGUGAAUGCUCCCAUCUGCCAGUCAUUCCCUCCGUUCAGGUGCAAUACCAUUCUGAGUAAAUAUUGUUUUAUAAUCGUUUUAGGUGCUCCUAUUACCUCUGUCCGGGGUGUGAUGAAGACAAUGACGACAACACGUGCAAAUCUUCUCAAACUGACUCAUUGGAUCAAAAACGGUCUUUCGAACGUAUCAAAAUGGCUUCCGAGUUGAACAAAAUGAUUGACGAGGAAAAACGGACGGAGAAGAAAAUCAAGAAGCGUUUCGAAUAUUGGCGCAGAAGCGACAGAAAAUAG